AUGAUCCGCGCGCCGCAUUCCCGUCGUAUCCGACAGAAGAAAAAACGGUUUGCCAGGAGUUUUUUCGUGACCAACUUCUUCAUCAAGCCGAACGCACUUCUGGAAAAUUGCAUUGUGAAAAAGUGUCUUAAAAUGAACGACCUUGAUGACGUCAUCAUCUUAUAGUCAUUCUUGCGGCUCUAAUUUUCUCAACGCGAUCUAGUUUUUAAUUUAGCGAAGAUUACGAACCCAAAUUAUGGGAGUUUUCUUUUUUUUUAAUCAUUUGAUACCUGAACUGCCGCGAGCUUUUUUUUUCUCGUUUUCCUAUCUCGUGCCUCUCAUUUCGUGCCACCCACAUUGUUUUGAAGUGUCUAGUACCUUUUUUUUAUAAUUCAUUUUUGCACGCUAUAAUUCUGAAAAAGGACAUAUCGACCUGAGACACAUUUAGCUUUGGAACCGCAAUUUCUAUCACACGCACACCUUUUUUCCGUAUUUACGAAGAAAAAUGAAAAACUGAAAGUAAUAAAUUUGAGUAUCUUCGUGAGGUUUUGCAAUCUUGCAAAAGUUGCUUACAAAACCAAGACAAUUUGCCUAUUUCAGAAAUGAUUUAGCUCGGUUUUAAGUUAGAACGAUUUUCAAAAAUUCUUUUUGUGCCUUUCAUAAAUGAUAAACGUUUCAUUCUCAAGCUUGUGGUUAACCGUGAGUCCAACAAACUUUCAUUUUCAUUAUUUUUUCCAUGAAGAAUUCGACUUUAAAACCUUUUUUUACUGGAAAGUCCUUUGUGAUGGGGAUAAAAUUUCUGGCUUCAGCACUUUCAUCAAUAAAGUUUAGCAAGGAAUAACAAAAAUAAAAUUUAGUUUUGUUCUAUUAUUUUAUGUAAUUUUAAUCUUUGCCACUAUAUAUGUCUUUUUUGCUUCAAUAAUUUAUUUUAUCUUGGAUGGUAUCAAUUUUCAAGUUUUUGUCGUGAUUUGAUGAUCCUUUUGAUGCUAGUAAAAAGUUUCUCAACGAUAUUUUGAACUCUUUCCUAACUUCACCAUUUAUAAACUCUUUAAAUUGAAAAAAUAUUGAAGUUUUUCGACAGGAAAUUUUUGUGAUUAUUCCUUUGAACCUCUUGUAACUCUCAAGCAGCUUUUUUUCCUGUUUAUCGAUUGUCUUAUCAAUCGACGUCGCUACCUUUUGUUCUACCAUUUAUCCAGAAGGAUACCAAAGCUUCAUUUAGCUAUGGUCAAGAAACUGAGAGUCUACUCCCAUAAGAAUCUCUGUCUAAUUUUCUAAUUUUGGGUUUUCCGUAACCGUUUUUAGUGAAUAUUCACUAUCCAAUGUUUCGAAAUUUGAGAGAAAAGUAGUAAGAUCUACACUUCCUUUAGCAGAGAGUCUAAAGGAACCGCGAUGUUAAACACCUGCCAUUCUCCGUCGGAUCUUCCUUCCUCGUCAUCUUCACUUUACUGAAAAUCGAUUCGAGAUAAUUUUUCGCAAAACUUAAGAACUCUACGCCUCUGAAUUUCUUCCGUAUUAUAAUACCAAAAUUUGUGAAAAUUCUUUUCGCUUUAAUUUUUUGAGCGUAGUCCAAAUUCUCAGAGUCUUCUCCUCUAAAACGUUGUAAUGCGGGCCCCCUAGCUGAAAUUGCGGAAAUUCGUCGGACUUUUUUCGUAAUUACACGAGAAAACGUUGAUAAGUUCUGAUUUGAGUUCAGUCCUCAUCUUCCUCUAUAUCUGUAGUCUCUUUGGCCUCUCAGUACCUGGCCCUAUGGAGAAGGCAGUCUGCGUUUCUAGCCACGAAGAGAGGAGCACCCUGUCUGUCUGCACUCUAGCACCUACCCCGUUCGGAGACGAAAGACGGCGCAGGAGAGUGAGACCGCGACUGAUUCCUUGUCGCAAGCCUUUAUGCUUCCUGAUCUACAUGUCCCGAGCUUCUCCGGAUCAACUACCCGACUUUCAAUUUCCAAUUCGGGACUCGCACUCCGUUAUCCCCUCAGGCUCUCAGGACGCCUAUAGGCCUGUAGCCUUCCAGGAGAUAUGA